CCCUAGCAAAACAAAGAAAUUUCUGUUUAUGUUGGAGGACUUGUCCCCCCCCCCCCGCCCCUGGCUACGCGCCUGCCACUUGAACAAAAUAAAUAAAUAUCAAUUCCAGAUUUUCCAGUGCUUCAAUUUUAUCAACCUUGAUUUUUCCAGAAAUCAAAUCAAACUUUAAAAUUGAUAUGAACCUUUACUUAAUCUUAUCAUAUCCGUUAUGUACAAUAGCAUGACGAUAACUACUACUCCUGGAUUUUCCCAACUAGAUAACUGAACAGUAGCUAUAUAUGAUCGAGCAAUUGAGUAAUUUAAUUCAGUCAAUUGUGUCAAGAUGAGGAAAUUGGUAUUAUUCGUUGUUUUAGCGUUAAUUUUGGAACUGACUUAUGGAGCACCGAGGUUAGGUCCUAGUAGAUUAGGUGGCAGGACACCUCAAUACUUGAGAGAUAGAACCAGAAGUGGAAGAAUCCUUGGAGGUGAACCAGCACCAAUUGAACAAUUUCCACACAUGUUGGCACUCUUUGAUCUAAGUAUGGGCGGAUUUAUAUGCGGCGCCUCAGUCAUCCAUGCUCAAUGGUCACUAUCAGCUGCUCACUGCCUCGAAUUCGGCACCCCAGCAAUGCUCAUCAAUCUUCUUGGUGCAACCACAGACAGAACAUACGGUGGAACUCUCUUUUUCACUGAUUUUUAUACUUUACAUCCACAAUAUGAUCCAGUUUGGCUUGAUUUUGAUAUUGCAUUAAUAAGAGUUGCUAAUGAAUCACCAAUGAUUGGACUAAAUGUUGCUGUUGUUCCAAUUUCACCAGUUUGCAAUCAGAGAUGUUGUCAGGCUUGCGAUCCAGAUCCAGCUACUGUUACUGGAUGGGGUGUAAAUGAAAACGGAAUUGUGCCAACUCAUCUGCAACAACUAACGCUUCCAAUCAUGAACAUUGACGAAUGUGACAGCAUUUGGAGUGACAUCUUUGAUCACUUCUUCUGUGUCAAAUCUGAAGCUGGUCGAGAUUCGUGCAGUGGCGACAGUGGAUCACCACUUGUGAGAGAUGUUAAUGGACAAAGGACUCAACUUGGCGUUGUUAGCUUUGGAAGCACGACCUGCGGAGAUGGAAUAUUCCCGAGUGUCAAUACAAGAAUUGAAUUUCCUGGAAUCAGAAACUGGAUCACACAAGUGUCUGGAUUGUAGAGUGUGAAAAAUACAUUAAAAGCUAUAAAUAAAUUGUGGAUAUUAAUAGAUUAACAAAUGUUUUAAAUUUGAGCGCUGAUAAACGCAAUCUAAUCAAAUAUUAUAUAAAAGCUACAAACAAUACUUGAAGAAGACAAUAAGCGUUGAUCCAACACCAAAUUCUCAUAUUCAGGUGCAUUCAUACGAUUUUCUUAUAUUCAGUGCCUUCACACUAGGUUUAUAAGUUUAGGU